GUCAGCAUGGAGGCAGUCCGGGCCAGACUACGUGUUCUUUAUCACUUCUCUGACCUCAUGUACUCAUCAUGGAGAUUACUCAACCUCAGCCCAAACAACCAGAGCUGUACGUCCCACUACAACACAGGGACGUGGGGCAUCGUCCAGGGCCAGUUGAGGCCCCUGCUGGCACCCAGAGUCUAUACUCUCCCCAUGGUGAGGUCCAUAGGGAAGACUAUGGUGCAAGGAAAGAACUAUGGACCCCAAAUCACUGUCAAAAGGAUCUCCACACG